UGCGCACACCGCUCCGGUUCAGCUCAGUUUAGAUUAGUUUUAGCUCUGCUCGCAAUGCGCAAGAUUCUUUUUUUUUAUUAGCCUUUGCUAACUUUUUGAUAACUUUGUAAACUUGUUUUUCUUUUUUUUCUUUUUUUUUAACAGUCCAACAGUUUGACACGCGUUGCUUUUCGAUAGAGUGGCACUGCAACCGCGGACGUGCUGACGCUUUGCAGCGAAGGAGCGCUUGAUUACUCGGAGGGGUCAGAGCAGUGUUCUCAUGGGUUGCGACGUUUUGACUGAAUUUCUGGCCUGGACGGAGACUGCAACCUUAAAGAGGAGAUAGACCCGAGGAGGGGCCAUCAUGGACGGCGGCAACGACGUGGAUCUGUCCAACAAUAACAUUACUCCGCUGUGGAGACGACGCACGGACAACUGCAAUGGCCCCAGGGGGCCAUGCAAAACCAAACCAAGACCCCUCAGCUACCAAGUGGGUGGGGCCCAGAUGACAGAUUUCCCUGUGGAGGACAAAUGUUCCUUCAGCCUCAGCCAGCCUGCCGAAAGACUGGUUACCCCGCCGGUUGAGAGGAACACGGUGGUUGUGAAACAUGUUUUAAACAAACCAACGAGGAAGACUCGAGUGGUUCGCAGUAUCAGCAUUGGACACCUCUCUAACGGGCGCUUCUCGCUGUCCAUGUUCAGGUCAGAUGAUCAGGGCAGAUCGGCUUCCCGGGACAACAAGGUGUGCAAUGGAGACGGUGAGAAGGGGAAAACCACCAAUGGGGUCACAGCGUGGCCAGACAAGCGUCAGCAGGAGGGCCACAAACGCUUGUCCACUCCGCUCACACUCAACUCGCAUAGAAACCAGGUAGCACUUGGGUCGACCUCGUCCUCACCCGAAUUCGCUCCUCCCGAACGAUCCUCACCUGUCCUGUCUCCUCUCACGCCGAAUAACAACAGCGUUAACCACAACCACCAUCAUCCACCUUCACCCCAAUCCCCCCGCCCUUCUCCCCCUGUCCAGCGCACACCGACCCCUUCCCACAGCUCCACUUCCAGCAUCCCCUCUCUCUCCUCCUUCACCUCAUCGGACCCCCCAACCCCGCGCUCCCCGUCACCAGCCGACAGAGGGAUAACGGCUUCAUCCUCGCCUGCCAACUUCCAGGAAGCCAGGCAUUCCCCCUCUCCUUCCCCCUCUCCUUCUCCCUCCCCGUCCGCUUUGCUCUCCCCCCCUCCCUCCAUUGUUCUCAGCACCCACAGCCCCGCCGCCCUGAAGAUGGGCACCCAGCAACUAAUCCCCAAAGGCCUUGUCUCGGAAACUCGGCAAAGCAAGGCACCUUCUCCUGGGUCACACAGCCAGGGUUUGACGGGGCUGCUGGGGUUGGACAGCUCCAAGCGAGCCUUAAAAACCCUCAGCAUGGUGGAGACGGGAACCUUCUUUUCUACGGGUGGAGGAAAUGGAGAACAGGGUGAAGGGGUGGACAGGGAGAGCGAGAGCCCAGGGAUGCUGAGGAGAGGGCUGAGGAGCACUUCCUACAGGAGGGCAUUGAGUCCUGAUAAGAAGAAAAUAUUGAGCAGUCAGCGCACGUUUGACAGUGAAGAGGAGGAGCUGUAUCAGAAUUACCAGGAGAAGGCCUUACACAAUGACUCUGAUGAGGAUGCAGAGUCCAGGGAGGCCAAACAGGACAGCCUCAUCGUGGUGCAGUACAAACCUUUACGCACCACCUGGAGCCAGCUCAGUGUGGUGAAGAAAAGCGGCCUCUGUGACAAGCUGACUCAGGAGGAACGCAAAAGGCAAGAGGCCAUCUUUGAAGUGAUCUCCUCAGAGCACUCCUACCUCCACAGUCUGGAGAUCCUCAUCCGCAUGUUUAAAAACUCGGCAGAGCUCAGCGAGGCCAUGACCAAGACUGAGCAUCACCACCUCUUCUCAAACAUCACCGAUGUCUGCGAAGCAAGCAAAAAGUUCUUCAGGGAGCUGGAAGACAGGCAUCAACAUAACAUAGUGAUUGAUGAUGUCAGCGACAUUGUCUACAAGCAUUCUCAGUCCAACUUUGAUCCCUACGUCACCUACUGCUCCAAUGAGGUCUACCAGCAGAGAACCCUGCAGAGACUAGUGUCUAAGAAUCCAGUGUUUAAGGAGGUUCUGACCAGGAUAGAGGGCCACCCAGACUGUAGGAACCUCCCCAUGAUCUCCUUCCUCAUCCUGCCCAUGCAGAGAAUCACUCGCCUUCCCCUGCUCAUGGACACAAUCUGUCAGAAGACCCCCAAAGACUCUGCUCGAUAUGAGGAAUGUAAGAGGGCCUUAAAAGCAGUCAGCAAGGUGGUGAGGAAGUGUAAUGAAGGAGCUCGCACCAUGGAGAGAACGGAGAUGAUGUAUACUAUCAAUUCGCAGCUAGAGUUCAAGAUCAAGCCUUUCCCGCUGGUGUCGUCGUCCAGGUGGAUGGUGAAGAGAGGCGAACUGAUGGCCUUCGUGGAGGAGAACAGCAUCUUCCUCAAGCGCACAUCACGGCAGCAUGUCUACUUCUUCCUCUUCAAUGACGUCCUCAUUGUCACCAGGAAGAAGAGUGAAGACAGCUACACCGUGAUAGACUAUGCCUUAAGGGACCAGAUCUGGGUGGGGGCUUGCCAGCCCGAGGAUCUCAACCUGUCGCCAGUCAGAACCACCGCCAGCAUGCUGACGUCACGGCAGCCCGGCACCAACCAUCUCUUCCGCCUCCGAUUCCGUAGCAACCACUCGGGUGAAAAGGUGCCCAUGAUCCUGGGGACAGAGUUGAUGAAUGAGCGUGCGCGAUGGAUUAGUGCCCUGGGCCAGAACAACAGCAGCACGAACCAGGAGAGAACAAAUGCCGUGCAGGUGGAGGUGACCAGGACGUACACAGCCAAGCAGCCUGACGAGCUGUCCCUGCAGGUGGCUGACGUGGUGCUGGUCUCACAAACUGUGGAGGAUGGAUGGUAUGAGGGCAAGCGGCUGCGGGACGGAGAGAGAGGAUGGUUCCUCGCAGAGUGUGCUAAACCAAUCACGUGUCAGGCCACCAUCGAACGCAACAUGCAGAGAAUGGACCGCCUGCAGGGGAUCGAGACUAAUGUCUGAG